AUGAGGCAUCUCUCUCGAUUGCAAGCCCAAUGCCGCGCACCACACCCGUUCCGCCUGCCAACAGCGCUGCUGCUCUCCUCUCUGCUUCUUCUAUCGGUACCGAUGCUGCCGCGCAGCAAUGCUGAAUUCGGUACCAAGCCUGCUGCCGAGCCUGGCACCUCGGUAGGGACGGUAGACCCACGCGAGGUCGUCGAAACCAUCUCCGAGUCGCUGAGCGAUCUUGCCGCCGCCGUGAAUUCCGGCGAUGCAUGCGGCAUUCUGGACUUCUUCCCUGAAGCUUCGUCAAUACUUCCUCCUCAUUCCCCAGAACUUCAUCUCAACGAGAGCGCGCUGCGACUGGGCCUGGUGCAGCAGUUGCUGGCGCUCGACAUUAGAGUGCGCUUUAAUGUCCUCGAGGCCUGGGUGGGCAAAGGCGACCCGGGGAGAGUCAGAGACGCGAUCCGGAUACGAACGCGAGGAGAUCCGACGAAAGGGUCAGCGCCAGCGACAGCGCAACAGCAGCAGCAGAGAGGGGAGGAGGAAGAAGAGGAAGAGGAGGGCGCGGAGGGCAGUGGGGCGGGUGGGGAGGGCGCGGAGGGCAGUGGGGCGGGUGGGGAGGGCGCGGAGGGCAGUGGGGCGGGUGGGGAGGGCGCGCGUGUGCUGCGCGGCGGUGACCUGUUCGCCGUGGCUCGCAUCGCAUUCACAGCGAACUGCCUUGGCGCGACAUCUGCUGAGCUGGCGCGCAGCGGGGGCAAGGUGACGAGGCAUGAAAGCGGGGGCUUUGAGGGCGAGAGCGGUUUGGGAUGCGAUUCUGGAGGGGCAGGCAAUGACCACUCCAACGUGUGGCGCCUGCACUGGGCCGCCUGGAACCAUGCCAACUGCCAGAACCGCGGAGCACCGCAUUCCACCGCGUGGGGCGGUGCGGAGGGGUUGGUGCAGGUGGGAAGCGAGGGGCGGGCUAGCAGGAAGGGUGCGCGGCAGCUGCUGGUGACGCCAGAGUCCACCGCUAAGCUUACUGCUGCACCCGCUGAUCUCAGCAGCGUGGGGGGUGACGUGCGCAGCAGUGCAGUGCAGGCGCAGGAGGGUGGUGCGCGCGGCCCUGCCAACCCUGCCAGUGUCAUGCUGGGCCAUGGGGGCGCAACGAUGCAGCAGGGGGUACAGCAGGGAGUGCAGCAGGGGGUGGGGGCUGGGGUUAGUCCGGAGGGGUUGAGGGGGGGUUGUGCGCAGUGGAAGGUAGAGGCAGCACUGGCAGCACUUACAGUGGCACUGCUGAAUGGCAAUGCCACCGCCGCUGCACAGAUAUUCGUCCCCGGUGCCGUGCUCUUCCCCCCGGCCUCCCUGCCCCUCACACUGCACACCACUGCACAGGCGGCAGCGUGGCUGCAGCCAAUCACGGGCCGCCGGCUCAUCUUCCAGCCCCAGCUGGAGGAGCUGCUCGUGCUGCAGGCUGCCACGUGGCAUGCUCUAGAGGGUGACACGUGGCAUGCUCUAGAGGGUGACACGUGGCAUGCUACGGCGCUCCAGGCGGCAGCAGCAGCAGUUGGAGUGGGGUCAUUACCGACCGUGGUGGUGACACGAGGCGUGUACCGGCUGUGGGAGCUCAACGCGGGCAUGGGAGCAGGGCUGGAGGAGGGGCAGGGCAAGUUCGUGCUGCUGUGGGAGAGCAGCAGAAGCCCCAUCCUUUCGGCUACCAUGCAAGUGCAGCGAUGCUGGCAUGCGCAUGGUGAGGAAACAGCCCCACCGAGUCAGGCGUCAUAUGCCCCCCUCCUUUGUGCUACCAUGCAAGUGCAGCAAUGGUACCACUAG